UCCUGAUACCUUCUCACAAUAACAAGUUCAGCAAAAAAUGCAUUCUUCCGUAGACUAGUAGUUUUUCCAUUUUCAAUCAAAUUCCAAACGGAAAACAUCAGUCAAAAGAAUCAGUCUUUUAGCAUUUUAGCUGUUAAUCUUCCUUUCGAUACUCCGCUAUGGCCAUCGACUCACCGCCUCCUUCUCCAAUUGGCUUCGAAGGCUUUGAGAAGCGUCUCGAAAUAACCUUCCAAGAACCACCCAUUUUCAAAGACCCAACAGGGCGUGGCCUACGGGCCUUAAGUCGUUCCCAGCUUGACUCAAUCCUCGAACCAGCUUGCUGCACCAUUGUAUCACAACUCUCCAACACUCAGUUUGACUCAUACGUGCUCUCCGAGUCAAGUCUUUUCGUUUACCCUUUCAAAAUAGUCCUCAAAACUUGUGGUACUACGAAGCUUCUUUUAUCCAUCAAACCGAUUCUCUCACUGGCCGACUCGCUCUCAGUGGCUGUAACUCAUGUUCAAUACUCACGUGGCACUUUCAUUUUCCCAAAUUACCAGCCUGCCCCUCACCGUAGCUUCUCUGAAGAAGUUACCACCUUGAAUGAGUUCUUUAGUCACUUAAACCCCUUGGCCUACGUAAUCGGGGAUUGGCAUAUUUACUCGGCAUCACAAUCUGAACCGUUGAUGAGGGGUAAUCGGACGGAUAUGGCUACUGUCGAGAUAUGCAUGACGGGCUUGGAAAAAAAGAAAGCGGCCGUGUUCUUCAAAAGCUCGGGUAAUACAGCAAGUGAAAUGACUAAAAUAUCCGGGAUACGUGAUAUAAUACCAAGUCACGUGAUAUGUGAUUUUGACUUUGACCCAUGUGGGUACUCGAUGAAUGGGAUCGACGGCUCAGGUUACUCUACAGUGCACGUGACCCCGGAGGACGGGUUUAGUUACGCGAGCUAUGAGGCUCUAGGGCUUGAUUACGGCGAGAUUAAGUUAAACCCGCUAAUUAAGAGGGUGCUUAAAUGCUUUGGACCCAAACAGUUUUCUGUUGCUGUCACGUGCCGUGGUGGCGGGGCAGAGUGGUGGGCCGUGGAGUGUAGUGACGUGGAUGGGUACACGUGUAAGAAUGCGGUGAAGCAAGAGUUGCAAAAUGGUGCAUGUGUUGUGUACACAAGUUAUGAAAUGAAAGAAGGUCAUGUCAGGAUGGUCACGCAGUGCUGGAAAGAGGUGACGGAAGUGGAUGAGGAGGCGGUGAAUGACGGCGGAGGCCGAGGCAGCUUGGUGGUUUGUCUUUGAGAUUUUACAACAGUGGUUGGUGUUAUCAGUAUUGUAGGGUUUGUUUUUUAUGGACUGACUAUAUUAUAUAUUUUUAUAGCCUUUGUUGUUUUAUGGGAAUUUGGAAUAAAGAGAGGUGUUUUUAUGUCA